UAUUUAUAAACAUGGCUACGAGGUAGUUGUAUUGAAGAAUACAAAUUGUUUUUUUUUAUUUGUUUUUAGAUACUAAUUUUUUGUCUUUACCACAAAUAAAAAAUGUCUCAAGGAUAUAAAGAGCCAGAUUAUUCAGGAAUAAAUAAUAUAUCAGUUCACUCAUCUGGUUAUAAUGCAUUGUCGCCUUUAUUAAAUAUUGAUCCUUCUUUUUUAAUUCAGGAUAAUGGAGCAGAAUAUGUAUUUGCCGAAGAUUCUAAGAAAAGAAGAGGUUGGGGGGAGCGAAUGUUUUCAAGUGUUGGAUCAUUGUACAUGGCUGGAAUAUUUUCUGGCGGUGUUUGGGGUGUUAUGGAAGGUUUAAGAAAUCCUGAAGGCAAGACUUUCAAACUUCGUCUUAACAGUCUGUUAAAUGGAUGUACUCGAAGAGGUCCUUUUCUUGGAAAUAACUUGGCUGUUGUAGCGUUAAUGUAUGGGUGUAUUAAUGCUGCAAUUGAAACAGGCAGAGGUGUUGAAGAUGAGUACAAUUCUUAUGCGUCUGCUAUUACAGCUGGCGCUCUUUUUAAAAGCACAGCUGGACCUCGCGCUAUUCUUAUUGGUGCUGGUCUUGGUGGUUCUCUUGCUCUGGCAUAUUCUGCUUCCAAUAAACUUUGGAACAAUCGUGGUCAAACAUGGAGCUCAUCUCAACCAAGUUGGGCUUGAAACUUUAUACAACUUAUCUGUAAAUUUAAUAUGGUAACUAAAAUAAUCGUUUUCUGAAUGACCUGAUCUCAGUGUGCAGCUAAAUCUUUUAGACAAGAGAUUUUUGUCAUUCGUCCGCCGUGUCCGUAUUAUGCAACAUUGUCAAGUGUGUGUGUGUGUGUAUAUAUAUAUAUAUAUAUAUAUAUAUAUAUAUAUAUAUAUAUAUAUAUAUAUAUAUAUAUAUAUACGCGCACAUAUGACAGCGUAGACAGACAAUUUUCUAAAAUAUAUUGAGUACAGUUUUAUCAUUUAGCUCAAACCCUGUAUUUUUGUAAAAUGAUGAUAUCAAGUUCGUUAA